AUGACUGAAGCAUUGGUGAAAUGGGCAGUGCCUCAAAUCUCGCGGCUUUUGCCUCUGGACGAAGAUUCGCUGAAGCAGAUCAUCACAUACCACGACACACUACCAAGAGAUGUAGCGGCUGAACAACUUGGUGGUCUAUUAGGCGAUUCACCACAAGCUUUGGAGUUUAUUGCUUCGUUUAAUUCACGUCGUCAAACACCACCUGCAGAAGCUAAACCGGCGGCUGCAGCUUCUUCAAAUCAGAAUGAGGGUGUACCGAAAAGACAAGCGAAGCAGCCAAAGAAGAAGGCGAAUAUCCACAAUUUGCCCGCACGGCAGGUCCAAGAUCUUGGAGGUGCUUCUGGAGCAUACAGAAAGCAGGAUGAGGGAGAUUACAUGGCUGGAUCGUCGAGAGGCAAGAAACCGCAACCCUCUCUAUCAAAUGCUCUAGCUCUACAGGAGGCGCCUGAUGCCAGGCAACUUCCUGUUCGUACUGCUGGAGGUGUCUCUCGUGGAUCCAAGGCUCCUCCUUCAGCAUCUGGACCUUUGAUCUCUGAUGUGCUUCCGCCCCCAUCUCAAUCGUCUACUCCUCGCACUGCAUCACCAGCGCCCACGAAGACAAAGGUCAACAUUACUGGGGGUACCAACAUGCACGGAGCUGGAAAGACUUUGUCAGAUCUGGAUUCUGCAAUUCGAGCUUUGGAACUGCAGACGAACCCUACUUUGGCUUCGAAUUCACAAUCAGCGGCCGACCUCGCAAAGCGAAGAUGUAAUUGCAUGGCCACACGUCACCCUCUGUUAACCAUCGCACCAAACUGCUUGAGCUGUGGAAAGAUUGUCUGUGUCAAGGAAGGUCUGGGACCCUGUACUUUCUGCGAAUCUCCACUUCUCUCAUCCUCUGAGAUCGCAAGCAUGGUUCGCGUACUCAAGGACGAGCGUGGAAAGGAGCGUCAAGCCGCCAACAAUGCCUCUCACAAACGUGCUGAAGUCAGCCAAAAGCCUCGCGCCUUUACCGGCCGUGACUUCCUAUCCUCUUCCGCCGCAGCCUCUACGACUGCAUCACCGCUUUCCUCCGCACCUCCCUCGGAAGACGAAGGCGACAAUGCAGUCAGCAAAGCCAAGGAGCACAGAGACAAACUUCUUGCAUUCCAAGCCAACAAUGCAAGACGUACACGCAUCCACGACGAAGCAGCCGACUUUGACGUCCCCACCUCCGGCACAAACAUGUGGGCCUCACCAACCGAACGUGCUGCAGAACUCAAACGUCAACAAAAGAUCAUGCGCGAAAUGGAAUGGAACGCCAGACCCGAGUACGAAAAACGUCGCAUGGUCGCCAGUAUCGACGUGGUCGGCGGCAAACUCGUCAAGCGUAUGGCUAAAGUCGAGAGACCUGCUAGCGAUGCUGAGGAGGAAGAGGCAGAUGAGGAAAUCACACCGGUGCGAAGGGAUGAUAAUGCUGGGUCGGGAGCAUUCAGCAAUAACCCUUUGAUGGGUGCGCUGAUUAGACCGACGGCUAGAGCGGAGAAAGGAAAAGCCAAGGGGCAGGAGGGAAGUGAGAAUAGGAAGAGUGCUUGGAGGAGGGUGCAGGAUGAUAACGAUGACAACGAGCAGUGGAUUUUGGACGGUGGUGCGUAUGGUGGU